AUGAAGGAAAUCGUUAUCAGGCACAGGAAAGAGCAAAAGGACCUUGUAUCCAGGGCUACCGGAAUGAAGAAGCAGGCCAAUAAAAAAACACGAAAACGUGUACUCAAGCAGAUCAGGGAAUUAGAAGAAGAGAUGAAAGAAAGACACACCCAAGAAUUAAUUAAAGUUGAAGGAGGAAAUGAUUUUGAAGAAGACAACGUUGAUGUAAAGAUUACCCCGGAAAUGCUUUUGGCACAACUAGAGAUUGAGGAGAAAAAGAAAAGUGAAGAACAAGCGGAAGCAGAAAAAUCCAAUGAUGAUACCACUACACCUACACCCCGUUCUCAUCGUAAUAGACAGAGAGAAAGAAUUGCAAGACGAAAUGCUGAAUUGAAGGAAAAGCAAGAACAGGCAAGAUUAGAGGCUGAAAGGAUGCCCAAUCCACGUGAUAUAGAGCUGAAAAACAUUUCAGAUCUAUGUCGGGUUAACCAUCUACAGCCAUUCGAGAUCACUCCUGACGGACAUUGUCUUUUUGCAUCUAUUGCCGACCAAUUAAUGUUGAGACAUGAGAUUGAAAUGAGUGUACAAGAACUGCGAACAAAGGCGGCAGAGUAUAUCAGAUCUAAUCCGGACACAUUUACCUCAUUCCUAUUUGAUGAAAAGACCAUGAGAGUUAGGGACAUCAGCGACUACACAAGGGAGUUAGAGACUACAGCUAUGUGGGGAGGGGACCUAGAGAUUUUAGCGCUUUCUAAGGUGUUUGAUUGUCCAAUUAGUGUGAUGAUGGGUGGUAGAGAGCCAUUGAAAAUGAAUGAGGAUGGACAGCAGCCAGAAUUGAAGAUUGUCUAUUAUCAGCACACUUUUGGUCUUGGAGAGCAUUAUAACUCGUUAAGGGAUGAAUCAAAGUCGGAGUUGAAGCCAGAGCCGAACACAGAAUGGAAAUCAGUAUCGAAAACGGAUUCGAAGUCUGAGGGAACCUAUGAAGCAGUGGAUAGUCAAGUAGUUGAUUAG